GACUGUGUAGUGACAUUUUACACUGUGUCACGUCUGCAUUAAGGCCUUUCUGGUUAAAGAGUCUUCACAGAGUGUCAGUUUCACACCUGAAAAUAACACAUGAGUCAGACUUGUGGCUAGUUGCAUGUUUAAAAUGCAUAAAACAGGAAAUAGGGCUUUCAACAUAACAGCAACACACACAGACACUUAGGUAGUGUUCCUUCAGACGGCCACUCGGAGUGUAGCUUUAGACAAUUAAAUAUCAGUAUAAGUGCGUCUAUAAGGACUGAUAACUACUUCACUGAAAGACCAGGAUUACUGUAAAGAGAAGAAUGGAGAUGAGUGAGGAGAUUUAUGCAAAUGCAGAAGGUACAGCAGACGACGGAGCUGAUUCAAGUGACAGCGAGCACUCUUAUGAAGAUGUUUAUGCGAAUGAGGACAAUUUGGAGACCCAGAGGACCGGAAGCUUCAAGCAAUCUGAGAGCUCAGGAGGAGACACUGCAUGGAGCAGGUGUUACAGAGUGACUGCAGUGUGUGUGGUGCUGCUGUGUGUUCUCCUGCUGACUGCCGUCACGGUGCUGUGGAUCAAAUUCACCAUCCUGAAUACAGAAAAUAACCAGUUAAAGACCAGUUACAACACCCUGACUAUAGAGAGAGACCAGUUACAGACCAGUUACAACACCCUGACUACAGAAAACAACCAGUUAAAGAUCAGUUACAACACCCUGACUAAAGAGAGAGACCAGUUACAGACCAGUUACAACACCCUGACUAAAGAGAGAGACCAGUUACAGAGGGAGAGAGAUGGAUACCGGAGUACACUUGAUCUGUGUUAUAAAGGGAGGUGUUUCAACUUCGACUCCAGUUUUUACUACAUGUCUAAUGAGAAGAAGAACUGGGAGGGGAGCAGACAGGACUGCAGGGACAAAGGAGCAGACCUGGUGAUCAUAAAGAGCAAGGAGGAACAGGAGUUCAUCGGUAAACAGCUGGGCAGCAGUCGGGCUUGGAUUGGUCUGAGUGACAGAGCUGUAGAGGGAGACUGGAUAUGGGUGGACGGUACACCGCUGACCACUGCGUUCUGGGAUGAAGGGGAACCGAAUAAUGAAGGUGAGGAGGACUGUGCUGAGAUUUUCAGUUUAAAUGGGACCUUCUGGAAUGACCAGAAAUGCUCUAAUAAUAAACACUGGAUCUGUGAGAGACGUGUUUCUCAGUGACGUGUAUCAUUUCAUAAUCAAAAGCACAUACG